AGUGGACCCGGGUCUGCGGAGAUAGGCCUCCAGGGGCAAGAGGAAAGCGCCUUGUAGAUACCCACUGUACAGGUGGAAGGGAACAAACGGAGCCCACCUGUAUGCGCCUCCCGAAGUGCGCUCCUUCCCCCAAAGAUUUUGGGAGCCCACAGGACAAGAAAUACGGUGCUUAAGGAACCAAAGAGAAAUGCUGGCAAUUCACACAGGCCCACGGUCUCUACCCAAUUGAAAUGUACGAGGUUGAGUCCCUGCCUGAAAGUUACCAGACAGCCGCAUCUCACGACACUGGCGUACAACGGAAUUGAGUUUUCUCCCGUCCCCAAACUUCACUCUGAAGAAAGCGGAUUAAGGAGUUAACUACGUUUUUAGAAAGGCAGACGUGGGAGAGGGGGGCCUUCAGUAAACAAUACAACUCUCCUUUACAAAUGCUGAUUUCCCAAUGUGGAAGGAAAAUCCACAAACUGAAUUCUGCACCCUCAAUCUUCCCCCUCCAACCGCCACCAAAUCAGAGUUAAAACGGAGCCCUGAAGUUCUCUACGCGUGUUUCAAACUGUCCCCUCCGAGGAGCCGUAAGAGUGAUGUCAUCAUAGCGCGACGACAGGAAGUAAGCUGCUGCGUUACUGUAUUCCAUUAGGUCGGGAGCUCCAGAGGCUGGCAGGACUGCGAUCUCUCUCCUCUUUUUCUUGCUGCUAUGGAUAAUGCCUGCGAGUCGCCCGCGGAAAAAGGAGAGACAGGGGAGUCAGAUGAAACGGCCGCUGCUCCCGGGGGCCCCGGAGCUACAGAUACGGACGGAAUCCCGGAGGAAACUGACGGGGACGGAGAUGGGGAUUUGAAAGAAACAACAGCCGAAGAAGGCGAGCUCAAGAGUCAGGACAUCUCAGAUUUAACAGCAGUUGAAAGGGAAGACUCAUCUUUACUUACUCCUGCAGCCAAAAAAAUGAAAAUAGAUACCAAAGAAAAGAAAGAAAAGAAGCAAAAAGUGGAUGAAGAUGAGAUUCAAAAGAUGCAAAUCCUGGUUUCUUCUUUUUCGGAGGAGCAGCUGAACCGUUACGAAAUGUAUCGCCGGUCAGCUUUCCCUAAGGCAGCCAUUAAAAGGCUGAUCCAGUCCAUCACGGGCACCUCUGUGUCUCAGAAUGUUGUUAUUGCUAUGUCUGGUAUUUCCAAGGUUUUCGUCGGGGAGGUGGUAGAAGAAGCACUGGAUGUGUGUGAGAAGUGGGGAGAAAUGCCACCACUACAACCCAAACAUAUGAGGGAAGCUGUCCGGAGGUUAAAGUCGAAGGGCCAGAUCCCCAACUCAAAGCACAAAAAAAUCAUCUUCUUCUAGACCAAAGCCUAGAAAGACCUGGUACUGAAGGAAGCAGCGCUGGUUCCAGACUUGCUGCUGCAUGAGACUUGGCGCCGGUGCUUCUGUAUCUCAGUCCCUCCAAGGAGUCCACGAUGAUUUUAAUGUCUUUCUCGGAACUCUGAUAUUCAUCGCAUCUAAAAGGCAUGCAGCCUGUUUCAUACUUGCCUUGACUAAAUAUUGGGACCUCUUUGGGCAUUUUGAGGCAUGUAACUGUUUCUUGGCCAGUUGGAAGAAGGUACGUGAGCCUCAGGCAUCUUCUAGACAGGGAAGCUGCGGUCAGAGAGAAAACCUUUCCAAGAGAGCUUUGACGGUUUCACACUGAAGCAUGAAGUUGCUAUGACUUAGGUUGUUUCUUCCAUCAGGUUUUAAGUAGAUGAAACAACCAGAAACUUUUGACUUGAGAUACUCUACCAUGAAGAACACCGUGAUAGCAAGAGUAGUGGAAAAGUUUGUCCCUGUAAACAUGUAAAGAUCUAUGGAUUUUGGUGAGUGAUCAUUAAACUGGUUUCCAACUUGC